UUGAAAACUAUAUAUUUGUGUUUUGUGUUGAAAACCCAAACGUUGAACUUAAUUAAAUUCCAGGUUUCAGGAACAGGAACGUAUAUGGGGUUACAUAAAGUUGAUUAAUAAAAACGUAAUAUGUUAGGUUUUACAAGGAUACAGGUUGUAAAAAAAUGCAAUAUUUUAAACUUAACUUUUUACCUUAAAGCAACUCAUCAAAAGCUUCACACCAAAAGUAAAGCCACAUGGAGCAUACCAACUUCAAUAGAUUUUGAUGAACAGUAUUUAUGCAAUCCAGAUAACCUCUCUGCUAUCAAACAUAAUAUUGAAAACCGCAAAGGAAUUGGAAAUAUUGCUUUGGUUCAAGAAUUAUAUUCAAAAAUAAAGUUAAAAGAUUCCAGUGAUAAAACUUUUGAGAGCCUAAAGCAGGAGUUUCAACAUGAGUGCGCAUUAAUUCCUAAUAAAACUCAUCCAGAUGUAAUGGCUUAUGGUGAUAAUCCAAAAGUUCUAAAAUAUAUAGGUGAAAAACCAAAAUUUGACUUCAAACAUAAGGAUUUCCAUGAUAUUGCAAAACGGCUUAACUUAAUGAGAAAUGAACACCUAGGUAAUUUGUCUGGCAACAAAAGUUAUUAUUUGUUAGGAGAGAUGGCUGAGUUGGAACAAGCACUUAUAAAGUACUUUGUUAAAAAUCUGUUAAAAAAUAAAUUUGAUUUGAUUUCUGUUCCUGAUAUUCUUCCUAGGAAUGUAGUUGAAAGUUGUGGUUUAAAUACCAGAGGAGAUAGAACACUAGUAUAUACCUUAGAUCCAGACGUACAUGGCCCUGAUCUUUGUCUUUCUGGGACAUCAGAAAUAGCCCUAGCGGGAUAUUUGGGGAGUGAGACGAUUGACCAGAAAUAUUUACCUUUAAAACUGUGCGCUGUAAGUAGAUGUUACAGAGCAGAAAGUUCAUCUGUUUUGGAAGAAAGAGGUAUAUUUAGGGUUCACGAAUUUACUAAAGUAGAGAUGUUUAUUGCUGCGAAGCCAGAUCAGUCAGAUGAAGUUCUUGAGAAUAUUAGAUCUUAUCAAGAAGAUUUUUUUAAGCAACUGGAUAUUCAUUUUCAAGUACUAGAUAUGCCACCACAUGAUCUGGGGGCUCAGGCAUACAGGAAAUAUGAUAUAGAAGCUUGGAUGCCAGGUCGUGAUAUGUAUGGGGAAAUUUCAAGUUGCUCAAACUGUAUUGACUUUCAGUCCAGAAGACUUAAUAUAAAAUAUAAAGCAGAGGAAGGCUCAACUCGUUAUGUCCAUACAUUAAAUGGGACAGCUUGUGCAAUCCCAAGAUUGCUAAUAGCACUUACUGAGACGCAUCAACAAUCCAAUGGAACCGUAAAUAUCCCAACUGUACUUCAGCCCUUUAUGCGAGGUAAAACCUCCAUAGCUAGACAAAAGAAAAUACCAGAUUUAAAAUUAAUUAAGAAUAAAAAAUCAUAAAUGCUA